UACAGCGGUAGAUCAGGUUGUAUCUGUCCGGCUGUAAGUGUGUGUAAUGCGUCAUUUUAGGAUCAAAAUGUUUGUCUCACGUAGAAAGUUGAUAUCAGCCUUGGUCUUUAUCGGUUUGUUUACAGUGACCGGAAUUUGGAUGCAGUUUCUCAAUGUAGCCAAUUCAGAAAGAUUUUUUGUCCAAAGAAUAAAAAAGGGAAAACCAACACAAUCACAUGUAAUGAACAGCUAUAUUGACUCGGUUGAGGAGAGCGUCACGGGAAUGGAAUACCUAAAAGAAAAUGCAGGAACUUGGCGACAACAGGCGAUAAUGUUCCCACCUCAAAAUAUAUCAAAGCGUUUUAUGACAAUCGGGAUACCGACAAUAAAACGAGAGAAUAAAACAUAUCUAUUUGAUACACUAGAGUCUCUCUUCAACUGUUCUACCGAGAAGCAACGUGAACAGAUUUACAUUGUCAUAUUAUUGGCUGAUUUCAACAGAGAAUGGAAAGAAAAUAUUACUCAUAUCCUCAGCGAAAAGUAUCCAAAGUCUAUCCGCACGGGGUUGUUACAAGUCAUAGAAGCGCCAACAGAGUUUUACCCACCAUUUAAAAAUCUAGAACAUACCUAUCGGAGGCAUUCAAAAGCGAAAAGGAAGUGGCGUGCUAAACAAAACUUUGAUUAUGCAUUUUUGUUUAUGUACAGUAAACCGUUGUCAACGUACUACAUGCAGUUGGAGGAUGACGUCUAUACUGUCCCAGGAUACCUGACACGUAUUCGGAAUCAUUUACUACAGGAUGACGGAUGGGUUUGUCUAGAAUUUUCCGAAUUAGGAUAUAUUGGGAAGGCUUAUCAUUCAACAGAUUUGGAAAAGUUGUCUAGGAUGAUAUUGUUAUUCUAUGUGGAGCAGCCAGGGGAUUUUACGUACAUGCAUUUUAAUUCUUUGAUGUUGCAAUUUCAUAGAAGGAUAGUGCGUCCAACUUUGUUUCAACAUGUUGGCUUGCAAUCUUCUCUCCGAGGUAAGAUUCAGAAGCUGAAAGACUCAUAUUUCACUAAAAAUCGAAAGCGUUUCGAUAAAGAAAAUCCGCCCGCAAAAUUGUUCACAACUAUACAAAAACUGCAAAACUCGAAUCCGUUGUUUAUGGCGUACGAUAUGGCGGGUGGCUUUUUCUGGACUAAAUGCGGUCCGGAAGUGAAUGAUACUAUCACGAUCGUAUUUGACACCCCCCAGAGCAUUGACGAAGUGAUCAUUCAGACGGGGACAGACGAAUAUCCACAUGAUACACUAAAUGAAGGAAAGCUUGAAGCUAGCCUCGGCUUGAUCAAGGUGAAUAACAGCAAUCAACCGGAGUGUACAAACAACGUGUUUCUUGGAAAUUUCCAAGAUGGUAAUAUACAUACAACAAACAUAAGUAAAUUACUUGGGUUCCGCAAUGUGAGAUGUCUACGUGUAACUGUGAAAAAGAAACAAAAAAAAUGGUUGAUUGUCCGAGAAAUCGCCCUGUUUACCCGUGAAAAUUCAAAAAAAAACAUGGUCAAUUCUACUAUCAUAAGUAAUGUUGAGAAACACCAUUUCCAGUUUAUUUCUUCUACAUCAGUAAAUUUGUAGGUCAAUGUUUUACUAGGGGCGAACUUGAUUCUAGCUUGCCGUUUUGUGCCGGUUGUCCGUUUUGAGCUUGCCGCCGACACGUACAUUCAAGGAAACCGGCUCAGUUGCAAUAUGGCCAACAUAGACCAAAACAUAUUUUUUUUUAAUUUAUUUUAUGUUCCAAAGGCAUUGUAAACAUCGAAUGCUGCAGAACAUUCAAAAUCAACUUAUUUUCCUAUAUGUAUCACUUAAAUAGCCUGACAGGCUCAAAACAAGUUGGCAUUCUCCAUGUUCUCACUUAAUCUAACCUUUCGGAUAAACACGUCGCCAUCUUGUUUGCCGAUGUACCGAUGUUUCCAAACCAGUGGGAAUUUUCACUGAUUGGCACUUGCCGAAAUUGUGCGAGCAUAUUCGGGUCACCAUCAAGUAAUUUUGCCGCCUUGCCGCCGGCACGUCAGAAUCAAGUUCGCCCUGAAAGCGUGGUGUCGCUUUAGGAACGCGCUCUUGUUAUUUGCAUGAGCAUUUUGGAUUUAAAGAGGGUAUAAUUGAUAGUGUCUUUUGUAGAAACCAAAAUAGUUUACGAGUAUGGAUGAUAUUUAUCUUACUGGAUUGGCAUUAUUCUGCAUUUAACUGGUAAAUGUUAUACAUCAAGUGGUUGUUUUAUAUAUUUCUUUUUUUUCUCUUUCUCUCUCUUUCUUUUCAUUUUUUUUUAAAAAGUCACAUAAAACAUCAGCUUAAGCACUAGUUGCAACUUUAAAAAAAUAACUAACGAGAGUGAACGAAUAUUAAAUAACCAGAAGUUUGCAUGCCAUAUUUCUAUCAUAAUAAUACAAAAAAAAGCUGUUCAGAGUAUUAAUUGGUUGAAUAACAUCCACUUAUUAUGGUAGAAAAUGUUUGCCGUUUGUAUUUACGGUAUGUUUCUUUUCAAUUUUCGCAAUAGUUCGUUUUUUUACAGUAUGAAAAUACCAUUAUAUAUUUUAGAAUUCAUAAAUGUUAAGAGACGCUUUCGGUGAAACGUAAGUACUGUUGACAAUGGCUAUUGGCAGGGUAUUUAAGAUUACGAUUGUUCCUGUGAAUAAGACGUUCGAGUGGUAAUUUGUGGAGAUGUGGUGGACCUGAAAUUGUGAUGUUGAAUAUAAAAUAAGGUUAUCAUCAUUUGUACAGCUAGACCGUUUAUAGUUUUGUACAGAAGACUGGAAAAGCAGUUAUUCGUCUAUAUUCGGAAGUGUUCCAGCUUAAAGUCUCAAAUAUUUCUGUUUGUAAAGUUAUAGCGAAAAAGUGUGAAUCUAACAGCUCUUCUUUUGGAUCAUCUCUACUAAAUUGGCGAGGUUUGCCCAAGGUUUUGCCUCCAUGGAUCCCAAAGUGACUACAACAUUCUACAUUAGGACAUAUGCGUGUUUUAUAUCUGCAAGCUAUGUGGUCUUAAAGUUGCUUGCUUUGGUGUUUCUCCAGAUGGAUCCGAGUGAUGCAUUGGCCUUGCAAGGUACAUUUAUAUUGCUGAUGUGACUUCCAUCGAAAAUUUCAUAGUGAUCUGGAUUGGAGGACAUUAAACAGGCUUCUUCCAAGAUGUCCAGUACCUUCAUUCUACAGGACCAAUGUAUCUAUAUCAGAGGAGAUAAUAGUGCUCCCAGAAAAAGGUCUGAGCUGACUCGAUGGUGUCUGAAAGGCUAUGGAUAGGAGAAAUCGACAGUACUGCGCCCUUUGUAUCUCUUAACAGGACUUGACACAAAUAGGAUUCCUCGAUGUUGACGACAAUAGUUUGUCUACGAUGAAUGAGAAAGUUUACUAGCUAUGUUAUGACAGGUACUAAUUAUAUUGAUGCCAAAAUGAAAAAGUUUCAGAAUGAGUCUUGGCAUGAUCUACUUUGUGCCUUUGAGAAGUCACAGAUUUCAGGGAUACGAGAUGAACUCUUUUGUGAAAGCGUCCUUCCUAACUGUUACACUGUAUUUCUUAUUUGUGUUGUUUGAGAAAAUCUCAGCACCUCGGAUACCAUGUGAUGAGUAAGAUUCAGUCCCUAAUGUUAUAUUAGUUGUUUUACUUUACUUUAUAUUUUUUGGAACUUUGUUUUUGAUUUACUGACAGUUGAGGUAAAGGAUGGCUCUUCUGCAAGCACCAUAUUGUUUAUUGUCGCAGGUUAUUAUGAGAGGGUGUAGCCUGGGGAUGCAUUAAUAUCAGAUGGAAUCGUCAAAGUGUAGUGAAUAUUAGAUAUGUGCAUCUGGUACAACGUAUCUGAUGAGUAAAAUAAGAUUGCAUGGUAAAUUAGAAGGGCAUAUUGCCAAGAACAACCUUAGUUUGUCACAUGACUUCCUAUACCAGGACAGGAUAAAUGAUGCCACUGCUUACAUGCUAUAUUUAUCGUUCUAUGAGACAUUCUGUUGACAGUAACCACGUUCAUGCCUGGUGACUGAUAUUACUAUUUGGCCCUGGAUUUGGGUUUAUGUCGGAUAUAGUGGAGGACAGAGUCUUUUAAGGAGGUUGUCUAAAUAUGAUUUCAAUGAAGGAAAGGCUGCCGUUUGCCAUUUUUGUGUGAGCUGUAUUAUCCAAAGGUUUGUAAUUUAUAUAGGUUUGAAAACGUAGAGCGAAAGCUAUGUAGUAAUGAGGUGUGGACAAAGGUCGGAACAUUGUGACUGUGGUAAACUGGAUCAGUGCAAAGUUUUACCGGUUGCAUUUGUGUACUCACCAAAUAGAGAUGUACGAAGACUGUCGCUGAGAUAUGGAAACCACGUGCACGUGCUCGAACAGGAAAAGUGAGGACAACACAGACCUGGAGUAAGUUGAAUAUGACGAUGGGCUAUGAGCACUCUUCGGAAAGAUGAAACCAUGAUGUGUACCACCCAGGAAGUACGAGCCGGAAGUGUUUAGUUUAAUCGGUUUAACGAAGCUAAGCUGGGGUAAAUCAUUUAUUAUAUUUCGCUGAUAUUUACAUAUCCCAUGGUGACCUCUGUUGUAAUAAGUAGUAAUUCAUUUGUUUUAUAAUAGUUAUUAUUUUAAAUGUUUUAGUCGUUGACAACGACAGAGGGAUAUCGAGGUAUGAAAUUGUAUUACGAUUGUUUGUGUACUGUAUAUCCUGUGAUUAGUGAUGAUUAUUAAGUAAGGUCAUAUCCAUUAAUUGAAGUGUUAUUGCGUAUUUUAGCGGAAAUAAACCGAAAGUUGGUCCAGUCGUAGUUAGGUUACGCUUGCAUCAAUUUGAUAUUUUUAAUUUUUUUUCUUAAAAGCAUAUUAAGGCAGGGAGGACGGUGAAGGUUGACCCAGGAGCCAUUGGAAUUAUUUAUAGUCGAGCUACAAAAUGUAAUCAUAUACUACGUCAUAGUACAGUCAUACGAUUAACCAUUGAUCCAGAUGUUGACAUAUAAUUCAAUUUACCCGUUAUAUCAUUAGUUAUCGACAUAAAAAAAUAGUCUAAAGGUUAUUAGGGGAAAAUAAUUUGAAAAAUAAGAUAAGCUCACCAAUGCCUGAGAUAUUAUUUGUUAAUGCAUUUGGGUGUGUUGUGAAGCAUAACACAGCACAUACUAACUUAGAUCCUUCUCAUAUUUAUUAUAGAUUAACUUUAAUUAUGAAAUUUUGCAGCUUAUCUAUUUAUUCUCACAUCUUCUUUUUACAUUGUAAAGGCUGCAAUCCUUCAAGUAUCACUCACUAUUUCUUGCAUAAGUAACGCAGCUUCUGCACUGUAUACAUGUACUGGUAGCAAAAAUAAUGGGCAAAUAGUGGUUUUAGGUGGCUGGAUGGACCAACUACAGCAUAACAGUUCCCUGUAUAUUUCAUAGAAACUAGAAAUUAAACUUCUAGUCAAUAUAUCAAAUCUUUUGAUAUCUGAAAGUAAGAUAUAUUCAUUUUUAUUGAUGCCCCUCUCUUCAAAUGUUUCAAAUCUAUCUGUUCUAUUUAAAUUCUCUUUGUGUAUUUCAAGGUUAUUAUUAUGUGUCUAUAUCUUAAAGACAAAUAAGAAACAAAACUGGACACAUACUAUUUCACUUUAAACGAGGCAAGUUUAAGGAAUGUUCGAAAAAGGUACACACAAAUAGUAUAUAAGUUUCAUAGUUUAAUAAGACAACACUUGGUCUAUAUUACUGUCAAAGCACAGGGCAUUGUCUUUAUGAGGAUAUAAGAUUAUUGUUAUAUAUAUGUAAAAUAUAUAUUUUAGGUGACCAUGAAAUGUCUUAGUUCCAGAUAAUGUCAGCCAGUUGUUUAUAUUUUGGUUCGAAUAUUAGUUUGCUUUGUUGUUUUCCGGAAUAGAAAGGGUUGCCGCCACGAAGCGAGAAUGAUGUUGUGUUGUCAUUUCUCUGGGUAAUUCCCCCAACGUAUCCCUCGAUUGUAACAUGGUGGAGAAUCCAAAGUCAAGGAAACCUCAACUGCCAAGCAAGUGCCUCAUCGUUUUAUUUUGAUUUUAUCGUCGAAUCGAAUGUGAACUUAUUAUUUGCGUAAGCACGUGUGUGGCAGGCAGCCGCUGUGACCGUUUGAUGUGUGUUAUGCCUAUGAUGUGACUAUAUUAUCCAAACACUUUGCCGUUUCAUCUGUCUUUGUGAUUGACACGAUUUAUACCAUUGAGAUGCUACUAAAUCAGAUAGUACGAAUAUUACAAACCUAUGACUUGAGGUUCGAUUCCUUACCGUUUAAAUACGAGCUCAAGGACGACCAGCAUCAUUUAUCACUUAGUAUUGAGUGGGAUUUGACAGGUCAUGGUGAUUCCUGUGAUAUUAUCAAGGUUAAACCGAAAUCAAAGUCGCCGUCACAGAUCAGUCCCGGUAAGCGACGAACCAAGGCAUGGAAAAGGCGAAAAAGGAUUAAGAGUCAUGAUCGGGUGGUUAUUCCAAAGAGUACAGACUCUGGUGUAUCUGUUGAACCUGCCUGUGUAGAGGAAGUUCAGAAGCAGAAGCCAGUUUUACGUAGUGUAAGUGUGAUGACACAGUGUGACCCUAACCCUGUUAAGCCUAUCAGCAUUGAGCUUAAACCUGAGGUUAUUGCUACAUCAUGUGUAAAGUCGCCUUCGAGUCAUCCAAAGACGGCGCUAUUGAAUAUUGGUAAACCCGUUUGUGAAGGAAAGUUGAUUUCUCAACCAACAGGUCAACCUUUCAAUAAUGUGAACCAGAUCAACCCUCCAAAAACUAUCAAAGCUGGAUUCGUUCGUGAGGAGAUAGCCCAUUCUCUACCGACAAGUCUGUGUGAUGAUGACUUUGGGUGGGACACAAACCCAUUUGCUCAACAAAUGUCGAGAAAGAGGAACUUGACAUCUUCGCAAGUCAAUCAUGUGACCACUGUUUUGAAACCGUCCAAUUUUGACAGUAUUGUGAAAACGUCUGAUGAUGGGACAUACUCGAUCAACUCAAAAGACCUACUAGCAUUUCUAAUAAAUAAGUGAUUAUAUAAUUUGACAAUAUCUCAUUACUGAAGUGAUUUAAGCCGGUGUUGUACAUUGUCGAGUAAUAUUGAUAAUAUUAUCCAGUGGAAAUUAUAUAAACAGUGUAUAUAUACGUACUAUACAUUUUAGUUACAGCAUAUAUACAUGUAUAUAUUACAGAUUAUUGUGUUGUGUGGUGCUGCAAUUGUGUCUUAAUUAAUCUAGUGAGAUUAUGAUGUUUCAGUUUUAUAUAUUAUGUUAUAGUGAGUAACAUUUCUAUUUGACAUAUGGACUUUGUGGAAUGACUGAAAACUUUAAAUGUUGAUAAUCAGAUCAUUGAUUUAUAAUUAAUAACUACAUGUAUGUACUUUGGGUUUCUAAUUCAUUUCAUGGUUCUUCAAAAAAUUUCCCUAGGGUUAAAUUUUUGUUUUGGGGGGGGGCAUGUUAUAUAUAUGUAAAAUAUAUAUUUUAGGUGACCAUGAAAUGUCUUAGUUCCGGAUAAUGUCAGCCAGUUGUUUAUAUUUUGGUUCGAAUAUUAGUUUGCUUUGUUGUUUUCCGGAAUAUAAAGGGUUGCCGCCACGAAGCGAGAA